AAUAUAUCUGAAGCGUUUAUACGACGAUAUGUCUAAUUUGUUAUACAUAUGCUAUGCGAGAUAAAUAAGAUUUUUCAGCAUGUUUUGGAAGGCGUAGAUAUUUUUUAACUGGAUGUCGGGCGAUAAGAAAAUGAGAUAAAGUGAAAAACUAUGGUCCAUAAAACUGCCAGCUCUCUCUAAAGGACUGGGGUUCUACAGAGUUCGCCAUAAGGUAAAAAACAUUUUAAUGAAGAUUCAGCAUCGCCCAUUCUUGCCAGAUUUGGAACGUGGUGGCGAAAAGGAGUACGAACUGACUAGUUUCUGUGUGAAAAUCACCAAUAUUCAAGCGGUUGCGUACGUUGGAUUCGCUUAUUUCUGCGUCUUCACUGGAAUUGCACUUAUGAUCGUUACUAACAUUCGGAAUCACAAUUACCACGGAGCGCUAGCAUUUGGAUCACUAAACGUGCUGAACAUAAGCUACAGCCCAAACUACGAAAUAAUCAGUUUGUACCAAACGAUCGUGGUGUUUUACGUUAGCGUCUACUACAUAUCCGUUGACUUAAUUGCAACAGGACUUCUCGUACACAUUGCCUUUCAAUUUAAGAUGGUGCAAAACAACUUCCAGCGAGUAGUUUAUAACGCAUACCGAGAGAUGUGUAAGAGCGACAUCCACGAUUCGCUCUCAUUGAACUUCGAGACUUUCAGUAAAGGUUACGAGACCGUCACUCCUCUGAUUAGGUGGAAGUAUUUGCGCUCGUCGCUGCAGAAAGCGGCGAAGUACCACGCUGCCGUUUUAAGAUUAAUGAACGACAUGGAGGAGAUGUUCAGUUUGAUGUACCUCGUCCAAUUCUCAACACUUAUGAUAGUCAUGUGCUUUGAGAUAUACAACGCAACCGCGGUGGACAACACAUUGGACAUCAUCUUCAGUCUUGCGCAGUGUGUAACGUUACUCUUGCAACUGUUACUUACGUGCUUUUGGGCCGAGUACGUUUUGCACGAGGGUGUACAGGUGAGUUCGGCGGUGUACCACUCGCACUUCGUAGGAACGGAUGUUAGGUUCCAAAAAGGCUUAGUGCUCGUAAUCCAACGUAGCCAAAGGGAAGCCACGUUGACCGCCGGAAAUAUGGCUACUGUAAAACUAGCUACUAUGGCAUGGAUAAUAAAAUCGGCGUAUUCGGCCUUUAUGAUGAUGCGAAGCCUCAAAUAAAUGCACAGAAUAUGAUUGUAGUUGUUAAUAUGUAGUCACUAGUAAAAAUGUGUGUAGAAGCUAUUAAAGCUGUUACAUUAA